GUUUCUAGGAAGUUGCAAGGUAUGAAGGCUGUGACAAUUCCAUUUGAACUUCCUCUCACACAUAAACAGAGAGUUCUUAAGUUAUACAAGGAAAUUUUACGUAACCUGGAAUCAUGGUAUUACUACAGGCCAGUGUUUCGAUACCAAGCUACUAUCAUGAGGGCCAAGUUUGACCAAAAUAAAUCUGUGGCUCAGGAAAAAGCUGCACAACUAGUCUGCCUGGCUGAGCAGGAACUACACAAAAAAUCACACUAUGAAAUAAAACAAUUUCCUCAUACAAUCAGAGGUAUAGCAUAUAUGAGGGAUGUGCACAUACCAGAUUGGGUUUUAGACUACUGGCAUCCUUUGGAGAAAGCUCAAAAUGAACAAAUAUGCAAGAAAGCAAAGUGUUGUGAGCUGCCUAAUUUUACAUUGCUAUCUGCGGCUGUCCCUCCUAUUAAAAGUUUAAUGAAAAGAUUUCCAGAAUACUUUUGCAAGAGGGAAAAGCGUAAGGAGGAGUACAUUAAGAUGUGGGAAAAGAAGUAUGGACCUAGUUCUCCUGAAAAGUGCCACUGAAUUCAAUAUUCUUUUCUUUGUUUAUAUUUGUCUUCAAUCACUUGUAAAUUUAAAAUAAAAUAUUUAUAUAAUUAAUGAUAUAUAGUUUUGCAUUGUUAAAUAAUAAUAUAUAAUAAAUUGUUUAAUAAUAUUAAGUUU